AUGAAACUUAGCAAGUCACUCAGGCAGGACUACUUUCGGGACCAAUUGCUCGCCUGGCGGAUCGGUGGAGCAAUAGAACUCGCCGAGGGAAAAUUCUGGAGCUGGGCGAUGGCAUUAAACAUUUGUGCAUAUCUGCAGAUUCCUAUGUUCAUGAAAGCUAUGUUCAGCUUCGAUGAUCCGAUGGAAAAUAACUUCAACCUAUUUCUGACGAUCACAUCGGUGGCCAAUCUUGUAAAGUUAACCAUGUACGUGUCCCAACUGACUAAAGUGGUUGACAUUCAGAGGACUAUCGCCAAGCUGGAUGCCCGGGUUUCGGGUGACGAUCAGGUGCUUCGACAUAGGAAAAUGUGCAAUCAUCUGCAAAGGAUGUCGAAGAUUUUCCUGGCCACUUUUGUCAUCAUCUUCAUCAACGCUUCGGUGUCUUUUGCUUUUGAAAGUGAACGCAGCUUGUCGAUGCCCAUGUGGAUUCCCUUUGACUGGAAGAACUCCAUGACAGCCUAUAUUGGCGCUUUGGUCUUCCAGACUUUCGGAAUCUUUAUUCAAAUUUUGCAAAACUUUGCCGGGGACUCCUUUGCUGCCUUAGCCUUGUUCUUGGUCUGCGAGCAAUGUCAAUUGCUGACCCUAAGGAUAUCCAGCAUUGGAUAUGGUUCUAAUACUCUGAAAGAAAAUGAACAGGACCUUGUCGACUGCAUCGAGGACCAAAACACGCUCUACAGAUUACUCGACUUGGUCCACAGCCUAACAUCGUAUCCCGUAAUAGUGCAGUUCUUGGUGAUUGGCAUUGAUAUUGCAGUGACCUCGUUUGCCCUGAUAUUUUAUGUCCAGACCUUAUCGGAGCGUAUCUUCUACAUGAGCUUACUGGUUGGCCUCACCUUGCAAAUAUAUCCAUUGUGUUACUAUGGCACCAGGGUGGAGGAGAGCUUUGCGGAGCUCCACUACGCCGUUUUCUGCAGCAAUUGGGUGGAUCAGAGUGCCACCUAUCGCGGAUUUAUGCUGAUCAUCGAGGAGCGCACCAAGCGGAGGCAGGUCCUCCUCGCCGGAAACCUGGUGCCCAUCCAUUUGAGUACGUUUGUGGCUUGUUGGAAGGGAGCAUAUUCCUUCUUUACACUGAUGGCGCACAGAAGUGGACACACUAGUAACUAA